AUGCCAGCCAUAACAAAUAUAUUCUUGCAGCAGGAUGAUGAUGAUGAUGAUGAUGAUGACGAUGAUGACGAUGACGACAUGUAUGAACCACCUCCCUGUGACUGUCCUCCUGUGAAAAUCACACAAAGCGAAGUGGAGGAGAACAUUUAUUUGGGGAUGACAUCCAGUCUUCCUGUUCUACAGAGACAGGCUGCGCCACCACCCAGGCUGGGAAAUCCCUUGAAACCUCAACAACAUGCUGGCGUUCAAAACUGCGAACCCAAUGCCAAGAAAUCUACACUAUUCUCUCUCCCAGCACCGGCGAUAAACCGAAAUGAGAAGCCUGGAAGAAAGAAGGUGAUGUCUGCAUUAUUCGUCAGGUCUGCUGCUCCUCCAGUCGCUGCAUCCAGCACUGAAGAAGAUGUGUAUCUGGAUCCAAAUCAAGAACAGGAUAAUGACAACGUGUAUUUAGAGCCAUCAGCAGCUUGCUCUCCUCCUCAAUUUAUGCCAACGCGGAUGCCUCCAUCUCCCGAGACAACAUUUGCUCCUGCUCCCUUACCCAUGGUGAAGCCUCCAGUCCCCAGGGCUAAGUCUAAUUCGUUUUUGCCUUUCUCGAAUGUGCUAAAAACGGCUUCUUCACUUCAACAUAUCACCUUUCCUACCAAAUGCCCACCACCACCUCCCAGUGUUAAGCCUCCUCUGCCCACAAACCACAAAGCUAAGCCCAGCCCUGCAAAAUCCCCUGUGGCAGACACUAAGCCUGUGGCUUCCCCUGGUGGUAUGAAGGCAACCAAACAAUCUGGGAAUGAGGAUAAGGACUGGUUUGCUGGAGACUGCAACAGGAAGACAGCUGAAGAAUGCCUACUGAAGGUCAACAAGGAUGGUGCUUUUCUCAUCCGACACAGCUCGACCCAGAACACUUGCCAGCCGUACACCUUAGCUGUUCUCUACCAGCAGAAGGUGUACAAUAUUCCCAUCCGCUUCCUGGAGGAAACACAAGACUAUGCUCUCGGAAAAGGGGGCAAGAAGAAUGAAGAGAUUUUCACCAGCCUCGAUGAAAUGAUUUCUCACCACAGGAAUAACCAGCUGCUUUUGAUUGACAGCAAGAGCAAGGCCAAGCACACGACAUAUUUAACUCACCCUGCACGCCCUUAAAAACUACAUUGCUAUUAUCCUCUGAUGUUAUGUUCACGAGUCACACAGUGAUAGCAAAGACUGAAAGUUUCUCACUUGGAAAUCCUAUCAGGGUCACAAAAGUAUAAUGAAAUAGACAAUGCAAACUUUCAAAGCACUAAAAUAUUGGCAGAGAUGUUGAAAAGCUCACAGCCUCUUGCUCAGCAGCCACAUGACAGCAACAUAAACUGAAACCUAAAGAUUCAAGUUCUGACCAUUUUUGUGCCAUGUCAUCAUUUUAGCAACACAGUUAACUUCUUUAGGAAAAAAGGAAAAUGUGUCAAUGUAAAACUGAAACAUCUGGAAGUGUCUGCCUUUGGAUGGAGAAACUCAAACAUGUAAACUUCUGCUCUUCAUAUCAAACUACAUUGCAAGAGCUUGUGCCUUCCUACUGAUUUACAUUAAUGAGACCAUGUGUGAUGAACCCUUGAUUGCCAUUUUUUAGUCAUGAGUACAGAUUUGGUGUGUACUAUACUGUAUCUUUCUAAUAUAUUGUAUGUUACAUUUUACUGCACUUUCAUAGUUUCCCUAAAUUUACUGUUGCUGACCAGUAACUAUAAGUUAACCCAAAUCCCUUAACUGAUUCCAGCUCUUUAGUUGGGGUUUCUGUGGUAUGGGGGGUUUAUUUAGUGGAACAUCCUUUGACUGAAUGUUGUCAUAUGCCCAUGAGUUUUUUUUGUCCAAGCAUUGUAAUGGUGAGCUAUAAGGGUUUGUGGCUUUAUCUGAGACACUGGGAGCUGUGUGUGUGUGUGUGUGAGACU